AUGGGAGGAGAUGAAAAGCUUUUAGCAGCUCAGAACAGGCAGAAGGAGUAUGCAGAUCGGAAGGUCAAGGACUUGGAGUUUAUGGAGGGUGAGCAGGUCUUGCUAAAGGUUUCACCCAUGAAGGGUGUGAUGCGGUUUGGUAAGCGAGGUAAGCUUAGUCCGAGGUACAUUGGGCCAUUUGAAGUUCUUAAGCGCGUGGGGGAGGUGGCCUAUGAAUUGGCCUUGCCUCCAGGGUUGUCAGGAGUGCACCCGGUAUUUCAUGUGUCCAUGCUGAAAAAAUACCAUGAUGAUGGAAACUACAUUAUUCGUUGGGAUUCGGUAUUGCUUGAUGAGAAUCUGUCUUAUGAGGAGGAGCCUGUAGCUAUACUAAAUAGGGAGGUCCGCAAGUUGAGGUCAAAGGAGAUUGCAUCUAUCAAGGUUCAGUGGAAAAAUCGGCCAGUUGAAGAGUCCACUUGGGAGAGUGAGGUGGAUAUGCAAGAAAGAUAUCCACAUCUUUUUGUUGAUUCAGGUACUCUUUCUUACCCUCACCUUCUAUUGAUCGUUCGAGGACGAACGAUGGGUAAAUUGUUGUUGCUGGCGUUGUCGAUUUCUUCGCCGGAGAGUAGGGCGGAUGCAGCUGCUGGAGUAGCAGCGUUGGAGAAGAUAGAGGUGACGCUUGGUUGCUGCUGCUGCUUCGCGGUGGCUUCGUGGGUCGCUGGUGGACAGCAGCUGGAGCUGCUGCCAGGUGGUCUUCGCGGCGGCUUCGCCGGCGGAACUCUAUCGGAGAUGGAGUGGCUGUUGUGA